GGUUUAUUAAUCGCCGUGUUAAUGAUGAACAUGAAGCUCUGUGUAACGCGGGGGCAAACAGGCAGCUUGUUGAGCAGCUCUCAGGUCAGCUGCUAGCUGACCACUGAACACAGAUGUGAGCGAGCUUCUUGUAUUAUGCUUGUUGACAGCGGCACUAAACCGCCGUGGUCGGUACAAUAUACGACCAGACGCAGUCUGACAUUGACCAGGGAUGAAUGAACCGACUUCACACUUUGUCACUGGGACUAGGUCUCUGAAGAAGGUUAAACUGAGAAGAUUUCGGGGAGAUACGCUGCUCCUGCCCUCCCACUUGCUCGGAGAGCCGAAGGUACGUUCUUCAGGUCUGGUUGGAUCCAGAUUUUGGCUUUUGCCAACACUUUUUUGACGUUUCCUGGCACUCGACGAUUGGCAACAUAAAUGAUGAAGUACAAGCCCAACCAGACCAGGACGUACGACGGCGAAGGGUUCAAGAGAAGAGCGGCGUGUGUGUGUUUCAAAAACGAACAAGAGGACGAAGUGCUACUGGUGAGCAGCAGUCGACAUCCAGAGCAAUGGAUCGUGCCAGGAGGAGGAAUGGAGCCUGAGGAGGAGCCCUGUGGGGCCGCCGUCAGGGAGGUGUACGAAGAGGCUGGUGUGAAGGGAAAGCUUGGCAGACUACUUGGGAUUUUUGAGCACAAUCAGGACAGAAAGCACAGGACGUACGUCUUUACCCUCAUAGUGACGGAGACACUGGAGGACUGGGAGGACUCUGUCAACAUUGGGAGGAAGAGAAAGUGGUUCAAAGUUGACGAAGCCACCAGGGUGCUACAGAGCCACAAGCCUGUCCACGCGGAGUACCUGCGGAGGCUCACAACCACCUGUAAUCCCACCUGCAGUCCUGUGUGUAGCCCGACUAACGGCAACACCCCGAGCUCCCAAGUGAUGGACAACAACACACCUCACUAUGUUGUUUGCUCCUCAAAGGGCUCAGAUUUAGUCAACAGAUAGGAACAUCACCGGGAUGGACACAUCAUCUGAAAAAGACUUCUGUAUUGAUCGCAUUAGUAACACAGCCUCUUAAUAUGUACAGUAUGGACCUCUUUAAGUUGAUUUGAAAUCUAUUUCGAGUGGGCUUGAAGAGUGCCAAAAUCUUUUCCAAGUAUAUUUAAGAUUUUAUGUUAUUUUUUAACAACCAUAACCAGAUAAUAGAGUAAAUGUGUCCCUGUAAAGUGUCCAGCUUUACAUGGAUUUUCUGUGUGCUGGGGAUGCAAUGUGAGAUCCUUUAUAGUCUUAGAUGGUGAAUAUUUGACUAGCAGUGCACAAAAGUGUUUGGGUGGUUUCCUGAGAAAGUCAUAUCCCCACAAUGACUUGGUGCCAAAAAAUGCCUUUCGGCGAGACGUUUUGAAGAGGAGUUGCUAUAUGUGUAUUAAUUGUGACAUUUUUUGGUAGUAAAGCUAACUUCACCUUCUUCCUAAAGAGAGCUGAGGGCAAUAUCUGCUUUGAUGCAACAAGUGUGAAAAACAUUGCUCCUCCGGUAAUUACCGUCUAACAAGUACACACAGCGUCGCGUCUCUAAUCACUAGUAAGAGUGUAACACUGUAAUAAAGAUUAGACAAAUCUCUGCAAACCAGCCACCACACUGAAAUGGAUACAUAAGUAGUCCUUGCUCAAACAUCCUAUUACUUGUACAUAUAUUUAAUGUAGUCAGGCUGACAAUAUGUUGGCACAGUUAGAUAAAUAUCAGCUUUGGUAUAGUGGAACAAAACUGCAGUCAGCAUAAUCAAAACUUGUACAUGUAACACAUGAAAGAGACAGUAUUCAACACUAUAAACACGUAGACUAUUGUACAAGAAAUAACAUUCUGAAGAAACAAAAGUGAAUUCUUGUGAAUGCCUUUGAAGACCAUAUAGAGGAGGCAGUGGCUUGAGAAGAGUGUUUUAGUCUGAUUCUUCGAACUGCCUUUACAAACACUAGUAAAUAGUGGAAGCAGUACAAUGCCUCACAACCACACACACAUACACACUGUUAAAAUCAACCCCUUAUAUUUCUCAGCUGUGGUUAUAUUUACAUAAUAGGAUGUUGAAGGAAACUUAAAAUUGAAUGUACAUUAUUUAGUGCGCAUUGCCUGAAUUUAUUUAUGUUUCAUGGGGAAAAAACCCUCCCAGUAUGAACAGGAAACUAUGACAGGAAGUCAUGGUCAGCGUGUAGGCUAAAGGGUUUUUUGUCAAUAUCCCAAAAACAGCCAAAUGAUGUGAUAAAUUCAGUUUAUUGACUAUCAUUGCCUUUGUACUUAAAGGAGCAUGGGGAAGAUCAAUGUUGACUAACCCUUUUUUCUAUUUGUGCAUGUGUGACUGGAAUACUCUGCUGUGCAUCAUGUUGUAUACAAAACCUUUAAAUAAAAAAAACAGAUCGAUCAUCCCCAUUGCCACAUGUUGUAAUCCGUACAGUAUAGCAUAACAACACUCAUAAUAAUCUUGAAUAUAGCCAGGCAGUACAGUCUAUGGUCCUGCCUAACAAUCCUUUCUCCAUGUCCCGCCCAUUCGCCGCUGCUGUCUGAGCUUGGUCAGGUGUUCGUUGUACAGCGACGUAAACUUUGAAUUUGGAGAACAGAUUGGAUUUUGUGUCUAGACCAACACAGUCGAGGCCAUGCUCAGACGGAUACUUCAAAUGGUAAGCUUCUGGAGCAACAAAGUCAAGCGUGUCGCUUUUGUUUAGUCAAACCGAGUCGUUUUUCUUGAGAGACGUAGGCCUAUCCUCCUCUGUUUUCAUGGUGGGGUCGCACGUUUUAAAACACAGUAUGUUGCCGGUGGGCGGGGAUUCUAGUUUUGACCAACGGGAGUUGCUCUAGUUGGAAAAACCUCGCUUCUCCGUCAGAUCGUUGUGACAAUAUCGAGCGCUCCUUGUACGGGUUUGACACAGCUAGCCAUUAAAUGCUAACGUGGUUCGACUGAUUGAUGCUACUCUUGACAGGGAUAUUGCAAGCUAAUGUACUUACAAACUAAUUAGCUAACGUGUCCUCGUUGCCAGGGCUAGUCGAGUAAGGAAUAACUUAGCUAGCUAACGUGCUUGAUCACAGAAUCAUUUUAUUUUCACGGUUUCGGUUAGCUAGCUAUAUUUUAUAGCUGUAACGUUAGGUUGAUUCAUCGUCCACUCAUCACAUGCUAACGUUAGCCACAUAUUGACUUUCGGGAAAUCCCGUGUCAGCUGUCUGACCGCAAGAUGAAGAAAACACGCGUUUUAAUUUAUUGAGCUUCUACUAUUGUUAAUGUUGACAUGAUUGUUUGGAUAAAUUACCAGCUUGCCACUAACACUACAAGUGGGAGUAGUAGGCUAUAGGUUAGCUACUUAGCUAACCAGCUGGUGCUUAGGACUGCAUUUACCACAAUGCAUUGCUAACGUUAACUGCAUUGUGUACAUUUGGAAGUCUUGGCUUUGUAACCCAUCCAUCACUGAUGUUAAGGAUUGUCAGACUGGGACCUGUAACCCAAGACAUUUUAUUGCAAAUAAAAAUAUUUUAUGUUAA